CUCUUUUCUUUAUUUAACGUUAAAGAAUCCUGUAAUUGUUCUUUCUUCGUGAACAUUGCUGCAGUUCUUCUCAGAUCCCAAAAUAGAAUAAGAGGAGAAAAGGAGGAAUACUAGGUUCCAGUUUCUAGGGUUUUAUUCUUUUUGCUUAUUCGACUGUUUCUGUCAUGGCUGCCCUGGAAAUGGCGGGCAUUCCUUCAAUUUCAGAGACGACGUGCGGUUCUCUCCUCCAGAAAUUGCAGGAAAUUUGGGACGAAAUUGGAGAAAGCGAUAGUGACAGGGACAGAAUGCUUCUGCAACUUGAACAAGAAUGCCUUGAUGUAUACAGGAGGAAGGUAGAUAAAGCUAGCAAGUAUAAGGCUGACUUGCAACAGACAUUGGCCGAGGCCGAAGGUGAAGUUGCCAGCCUCAUUUCUGCCCUUGGAGAAAGGGCUGCCUUUUCAGGAUCUGAGAGGGAAAAGUGCCCUUUGAAGCAGCAGAUAUCCACAGUAAAACCUCUGCUGGAGGACUUGAGGAAGAAGAAAGAAGACAGGGUAAAGGAGUUUUGGGACGUCCAGUCACAGAUUGUUCAGAUAUGUGCGGAAAUAGCAGGCAACAUCCAUCUCAGUAAGUCUGCUGACCCCCAAGUAGAUGAGCGGGACUUGACAGUGAAAAAGCUGGAAGAUCUGAAGUCACACCACCAGGAGCUUCAGAAAGAAAAGAGUCUCCGAUUAGAGAAGGUUAACAGUCAUGUUAACUCUAUUCGUGAAUUGUCAGCCAUAAUGUCAAUUGAUUUCAUUAAGACAGUGAAUGAGGUUCAUCCGAGCUUGGGUGGUCCUGCAAAUGGCCAACUCCAGAGCAUUAGUAACGAUACCCUUGCUAGGUUGACUGCAACAGUUAAUUCGCUGAUGCAAGAGAAACAGAAACGACUACAAAAGCUUCAAGAUCUUGGGAGUACACUCAUAGAGUUAUGGAACCUCAUGGAUACACCUACCGUUGAGCAAAAAAGAUUUGAUCAUGUUACCUGCCUGAUUUCUGCAUCUGUGAAUGAGGUCGCAAUGCAAGGAAGCCUUGCCAUGAACAUCAUUGAGCAGGCUGAAGGUGAAGUGGAACAACUGAAUCUUCUGAAAGCCAGUAAGAUGAAGGAACUUGUCUUGAAGAAGCAACACGAACUUGAACAAAUCUACAAGGCAGUCCAUAUGGAUGUAGAUAGUGAUACAGCACGGCAAAUUCUCAUCAGUUUUAUAGAUUCUGGGAAUAUUGAUCUGUCUGAACUGCUUUCUAGCAUGGAUGAUCAGAUAGCGAAGGCUAAGGAGCAAGCUUUAAGUAGAAAAGAAAUUUUGGACAAAGUGGAGAAAUGGAAAUUUGCAUCCGAGGAGGAAAGCUGGCUUGAUGACUAUGAAAGAGAUCAAAAUCGUUAUAGUGCUGGAAGAGGAGCACACAUAAAUCUGAAACGUGCAGAGAAAGCACGGAUACUGGUCGGCAAAAUACCAUCCCUUGUGGAGAAUUUGACUGCAAAGGUAAAUGCUUGGGAACAAGAGAUGGGAAUCCCGUUUUUGUAUGACAAGGUGCCCUUGUUACAGACACUGGAGGAAUAUAUUGUACUUCGGCAGGAGAGAGAAGAGGGGAAACGCAGAUCUCGGGAGCAGAAACGAUUGCAAGAGCAGCUUGCAGCAGAACAGGAGGCACUGUUUGGGUCAAAACCAAGCCCAAUGAGGCCACCUACGCUUAAGAAGCCAUUGGGUCAGAGCACCAAUUCAAACAUAAUGGGUGGAACUCCAACAGGGCGGCGUGCGGUGACUCCAUUGUCCAAGACUGCAAUCUUAGCAGGGAAGGAAAGAAGAGAAAGUGGCAAGGUUGCUGCUGUAAUACCUCUGAACUAUGUUUCUCUUCCAAAGGAUGAUUCAAGCUCUCGCGGUGCUUCAGUUGUUCUAUCUCCUUAAAUACUAUCUGUCUUUGUAGGGACAAUAUUGUUAAAAGCUGAACACUUUGUUGAUGUUCAAUUCUUCUAUUUUUCCAUUGUCAUAUAUCAAUUUCCUGUUCUUCUUCUUAUUUUUCGUCUUUUUACCUAGUGUUCCAUGGGUAUAAAAAUGAAUUCUAGUUUAAGGUUUUGGUAUGUUAUUGUAGACGUUGAUUUCUUUC